AUGCCGGGCAUGACGGCACCGGGACCCGAGAGACCGCACGGGAUGAUACCAGGGGCACCGCGGGACCGGGGCCACGUGCUGUGCGUGGUGCUGCUGACGCUGCCCGUGCGCUCCCUGGUGAAGCUCUACCUCUACCUGCUCACGGUGCUGCUGCUCUCCGUGGGGCACCAGACGGCCAGGGACUACACCCGCCGCGAGCUGGAGUACGAGUUCCAGGGCGCCGUGUACGAGGACCCCGUGGCGCUCGGCCGCUUCGUCACCGCGCUCGCAGGGCAGCUCUUUGUGUGCGCCCUCUGCUCGCUGCUCAUGAGGACCCGGCAAGCGUGGCUGUUUGCGGCGCCGCUGCUGCCCUUGCUGGCCCGGCUCUGCGGCCUGCCCCUGCACGCGCUGCCCGCCGUGAACGCCUUCGCCAGCGCGCUCACCGCGCUCGAGGUGCUCUACGUGCUCGCCGCCCACGUCCUCGUGCCCUUCCAGCUGGCUGCCGUGGCCUGCAGGGAGCUGGUGCAGGCGCUGGAGGUCUACAGGCUGCUGGUGCUGGGGGCGUCGCUCUGGAGCCAGCUGGCCGUGCCGCUCCUCUUCCUCGUCUUCUGGCUGGUGCUCUUCUCGCUGCGCCUCGUCUCCUACCUGGCCUCCUCCAGCAGCCCCGUGGCGCAGCAGGGCCUGCUCUUCGUCCUGCUCAGCAGCGUGGCCGAGUGCUGCAGCACGCCCUACUCGCUCGUCGGCCUCACCUUCACCGUCUCCUACGUGGCCCUGGGCGUGCUCAACCUCUGCAAGUUCUACCUGCUGGGCUACGGUGCCUUCCAGAACGGCAACGUCAUGCACAGGGGGGUGACGGAGGGUGUGACGCUGCUGCUGCUGGCGCUGCAGACGGGGCUGCUCGACCUGCAGGUCCUGCAGCGGACCUUCCUGCUCAGCAUCAUCCUCUUCAUCGUGGUGACCUCCACGCUGCAGUCCAUGAUCGAGAUCGCUGACCCGAUCGUGCUGGCGCUGGGGGCCUCCCGCAACAGGAGCCCUUGGAAGCAUUUCCGCGGUGUCAGCAUGUGCCUCUUCUUGCUGGUUUUCCCUUGCUUCAUGGCCUACAAGAUCGCGCACUUCUUCCACCUGGAUUUCUGGCUGCUGAUCCUGGUCUCCAGCUGUAUGCUCACCUCUCUGCAGGUGAUGGGCACGCUCUUCAUCUACGCGCUCUUCAUGGUGGAGCUGUUCCAGGACACGCCGCUGGAGCGCAUGGACGAGAUCAUCUACUACGUGAACGCGGUGAGCCGCGUGCUGGAGUUCCUGGUGGCCGUGUGCGUGGUGGGCUACGGCACCUGGGAGUCGCUCUUCGGCGAGUGGAGCUGGAUGGGCGCCUCCGUCAUCAUCAUCCACUCCUACUUCAACGUCUGGCUGCGCGCCCAGUCGGGCUGGAAGAGCUUCCUGCUCCGCCGGGAGGCCGCCAAGAAGAUCAACUCGCUGCCCAGGGCCACGCGUGGGCAGCUGCGGGACCACAACGACGUGUGUGCCAUCUGUUUCCAGGACAUGCAGGUGGCCGUCGUCACCCCCUGCCACCACUUCUUCCACGGUGCCUGCCUCUGCAAGUGGCUCUACGUGCAGGACACCUGCCCGCUGUGUCACCAGCGGGUGCAGCCGGCGGUGGCAGAGGCAGAGCCAGGUGCCGGGGCCGCGCCGGGGCCGGACCACGCGGACCAGGUGCCGGAAGAGGAAGGAGCGGCCGGGCAGGCGGAGCAGAGCCCCCCCGAGCCAGCGCAGCUCCAAGGGCUUCACCUGGCCCCCCCGGCUGCUCACCUGGACCCCGAGGAGGGCACCCGGGCACCUGGGCACCUUGCUGGGCACCGAGGAGGAGCAGGCACCAGCCUGGAGCCUUGCGAGGCCGGUACCUCCAGUUGGGACACACAGCACCCAGUACCCACCAGCACCACCCCUGCACCCAGCGCUGGGCUGGGCACUGGGGACAGCGGGGACCCCCACAGCGCCCACAGCCCCUCCUAG